AGAAUUAAUACACAACUUUUUCUUGAAUCAACAAAAAACUGGAUUGAUAAAUCCAUUUACACUAAUGAAAAUGAAAAAAAUCAUGAAAGGCUUGAGAAAACAAAUAAAAAAAAAAAUUCGUUUAUUUCGAAUAUAAAAAAAGCAUUUUUGCUGUUUUUUAGUAAUGACGAGAUUAAUAAGAAUUCGAAUAUUUUUUCUAAUUUGGCUUUUUUGUCACAAGCCUACGUAUUUUACAAAUUAUCUCAAACCCCUAUUUUUGACUUAUACAAGGUAAGAUCUGUUCUUCAGUAUCGCGGAAUGUCGUUAUUUCUUAAAAAUGAAAUAAAAGAUUAUUUUGGAACCCAAGGAAUAACUCAUUCCGAGCUAAAGACUAAAAAACUUCCGAAUUCUGGAAUGAAUCAAUGGAAAAACUGGUUAAAAUUGCAAAGUAAUUAUCAAUAUGAUUUAUCCCAGAUAAAAUGGUCUCAAUUAGUACCCCAAAAAGUGCGGAAUAGAAUAACUGAACAUUUUGCCAUUGAAAAUACAAAUAAUAUUGAAAACUUUUUAUUCUUAUUGCCAAAUAAAAAAUCAAAUUUUAAAAAGAACUAUAGAUAUGAUGUUUUAUCAUAUAAAUUUCUUUAUUAUGAAGAUAAAAACAAUUCAUAUACAUAUAGUUAUGGGAGCCCAUUCCAAGUAAAUAAGACCAAUGAAUUUUCUUCUAUUUAUAAUUACAACCUAAAUAAAGACAAAUUCAUUGACAUGUGGUGGAAUAUCCCUAUCACUAAUUAUUUAGGAAUAAAAAAUAUUAUGGAUAUGGAUAUAGAGAAAAAGACCGAUAGAAAAUUUUUGGAUUUGAAAAUUAUUCAUUUUUGUCUUCGAAAGAAAGUCAACAUUGAGGCCUGGGUCGAUAUCAGUAUUGGCAGGAAUGAAAAUACUAAAACUGAACUUAAGAGUUAUCAAAUUGUUGAUAAAAUUGAUAAGAAAAGUAUUUUUUACACACCAAUUUAUCAAGAAAUCAACCAACCCCAUCAAAAAAAAAACGUUUUGGAUUGGAUGGGAAUGAAUGAAGAAAUACUAAGUCGUCCCAUAUCAAAUCUAGACUUUUGGUUUUUCUCCGAAUUUCUCUUCUUUUAUAAUGCAUAUAAAAUGAAACCUUGGUUUAUACCAAUAAAUUUUCUUUUUUCAAAUUCGAAUGUAAGUGAAAAUUUUAGUGAAAAUAAAAACAUCAAUAGAAAUAAAAAAACGAAUCCCUUUAUACCUUCAAAUGAAAAAAAAUAUUUUGAAUUAAAAAAUAAGAAUCAAGGCGAAAAUGAAUUUAUAAGUAAAGAAACUCUUGGAUCAGAUGGUCAAGACAACUCUGAAUCUGUUUUCUCAAAUGGACAAAAAGAUAUUGAAGAAGAUUAUAUAGGAUCAAAUCUGAAAAAGCCUAGAAAGAAAAAACAAUCCAAGAGUGGUAUAGAAACAGAAAUGGAUCUCUUACUGAAAAGAUAUUGGCUUGUUCAACUUCAACUCAGAUGGGACAAAACCUUGGAGAAAAAACUGCUGAAUAAUAUCAAAGUAUAUUGUUUCUUGCUUAAAUCGAUAAAUCCAAUAGAAAUUGCUAUCUCCGCUGUAGAAAAAAGAGAAAUGAAUUUAGAUAUACUACCACGUAACGAGGAUUUCAUUUGUAGAGAAUUGGCGGAAAGGGGACUACUCAUUAUUGAACCGUUUCGUCUGUCUGCAAAAGACAACGGCCAAUUUAUUAUAUAUCAAACGAUAGGUAUUUCAUUGGUGCAUAAGAGUAAACACCAAAAAAAUCAAAAACGAUAUAGUGAAAAUGUUGAUAAAAGCAUUUUCGGUGAACGAGACAAAAACCAUUUUGACUUGCUUGCUCCUGAAAAUAUUUUAUCUCCUAGGCGUCGAAGAGAAUUGAGAAUUCUAAUUUGUUUAAAUUCAAGGAAUAAUAAUAAAGGUAUGAAUACAAACCCAACAUUUUAUAAUGGAACUCAGGUAAAAAAUUGUAGUCCAUUUUUUGAUGAAAACAAAGAUAUUGAUCGAGAUAAAAAUACACUUAGAAAAUUAAAAUUAUUUCUUUGGCCAAAUUAUAGAUUGGAAGAUUUAGCUUGUAUGAAUCGUUAUUGGUUUGAUACUAAUAACGGAAGUCGUUUUAGUAUCUUACGAAUCCAUAUGUAUCCGCAAUUAAAAAUAAAUUUAUGAUCCAUUUGUCUUAUAGAUUCCCUAUUAUUUGAUAGAGAAAUAGAUGUACACACGCCUUGUCAUACAUUCAAGUCUGAUACAUGAAUACUAAUUCAAUGAAUUAUCAAUUGGAUCUUGAAAUGAAUCAAGAGAAUUUUAUUUAUUAAGUUUCUUUGAUAAAAUGUAUCAAUAAAAUAAGGUUAAGAUAUUGUAUAUAACAGAGUAAAACAGAUGGCAUUAUUAUUACUGAUCCGUAAAAUUCCAUAUUUUGUAAAAAUAAAAAAGGUAAGGAAGAGUAAGAAUUUAUGAAACAAAAUUCAUUCAUAUCUGUUAUUUCGAAUGAAAAAAAAGAAGAAAAUAGGGGGUCUGUUGAAUUUCAAGUAUUGUGUUU